AUGGCGACUCCCACUCUCACCUCUCAUACAUCACCUCUCCAUUUAACCCCCGAACCACUCACUCCGGACUCUUUUGCGCCCUUCGGUACCGCGAUUGUCCCUCCGCUUCCCCACAAUCUCAUCGCUAAACCUCCUCCGCUUUCCUCUCUCCAGCAACAACAUGGGACUCCCACACCCGUGCUAGCAAAUCAAUCCACUGCUAUCAAGUACAGCUCCAUAUCUCCAUUGCAGAAUGACUAUCCGGGAUCUCCCAGCGGGCAGCCAUCGUCCGCACGGAUGAGUAUGUUUUGCUGUUUUCCGCGGGAAUUGCGACACGCCUCGACUACUAUGGCACUCUUCGAUGUCAGAAUCCUAGAGAGACACCCGUACACCACGCAGACGUUCACGCCCCUCAAUUCCGCCAGCGAAGACCAACAGAUUGCCAAUGAACCGCUUUACCUCGUUAUCGUCGCUCCAACCCUCAAAGAUCAAACCAUUGCCGCUGCCGUUAAAAACCCCACGACUAGAAUCGCAGAGUCAGUCACUAUAAUCGACCCCCCGGAUCUCAGCAAAGUCAAGGCGUUCGUCGCCCGUCGUGGACAGGCGGUGACGUAUGGGGCUGGAACGUGGCAUGCACCGAUGGUGGUAUUGGGGAAGAGACGGGUGGAUUUUGUGGUUGUGCAGUUUGCGAAUGGGGUUGCGGAGGAGGAUUGUCAGGAGGUGGCUUUCGGGGAGGGUGUUGAGGUAGAGGUGGACAGCAAUGAGGGCAAUAGAUUGGAGAAGCUAUAG